UGUAGAGACUCUGUAUUAAUGUUACCUGGUCAGGUUGAACCCCAGAAUGUAGAGACUCUGUAUUAAUGUGUAGAUGUUACCUGGUCAGGUUGAACCCCAGAAUGUAGAGACUCUGUAUUAAUGUUACCUGGUCAGGUUGAACCCCAGAAUGUAGAGACUCUGUAUUAAUGUUACCUGGUCAGGUUGAACCCCAGAAUGUAGAGACUCUGUAUUAAUGUUACCUGGUCAGGUUGAACCCCAGAAUGUAGAGACUCUUUAUUAAUGUGUAAAUGUUACCUGGUCAGAUUGAACCCCAGAAUGUAGAGACUCUGUAUUAAUGUGUAGAUGUUACCUGGUCAGGUUGAACCCCAGAAUGUAGAGACUCUGUAUUAAUGUUACCUGGUCAGGUUGAACCCCAGAAUGUAGAGACUCUGUAUUAAUGUUACCUGGUCAGGUUGAACCCCAGAAUGUAGAGACUCUGUAAUAAUGUGAUGAUCUUACCUGGUCAGGUUGAAGCCCCAGAACGUAGAGAAGGUACUGCAGGAGUUUGGUAACAGAGCCAGGAAGAUGGAGGGAGAGAAGCUGGGUCUGGAAGACUUUGCCCACUACCUUGAUGUCCCUGUGUCAGACAUGCUCAGAGACAUCUUCUCCCUCUUCAACGAGCAGGCAGACAACAUGAUAGACAUCAGAGAAUAUGUCAUCGCCUUAUCGGUUGUAUGCAGACCUGCUAAAACACUGGAGACCAUGAAGCUGGCCUUCAAGAUGUUUGAGGCGGAGGAGGACGGUGCCGUCACAGGGGCUGAGUUGGCCUGCAUCCUAAAGACUGCGUUAGGAGUGGCUGUCCUCGACGUCUCACGUCUCUUCACUGCUAUCGACACAGAGGACGCUGGGAAACUCACCUUCGACAAGUUCAGGAGCUUUGCAGAGCAGCACCCAAACUUCAGUGAGGACUACCUGUCCACAGACAAUACAGGCCGUAACGGCUGUCCUCACCAGCCCAACGCCACGCCCAACGCCAAGCCUCAGACCAAUGGCUUCUGCCCUGACUUCAGCCCGCGAGACAACCACCACGACACAACGACGGACGGUUCAGUGAAGAAACACAACUGAGUCUGUUAGCCACCUCAGAAUCCACCUCUCCUGGUGAGAGAGUGGUGGUGGUGGGGGUUGUUGUUGAUGGGCUAUAUGUAUGGUCAGUCAGACACACACACACACACACACACACACACACACACACACACACACACACACACACACACACACACACACACACACACACAGGAGAAAUGUAACCCUUAUUAACCGUAUCCAUAAUGUUUCUACGGUUCAUUUGAUCUUGAUGAUCUAACGUUGUUGCUUUAGUAGAGUUUUUCUGUAUUUGUUCUGAGGAAGAAACAUGCUUUUCAAUGGCAAAAAGAUGGCUAAUGACGAUUGAGGAGAAAUGAAGCGUGAAACACUUGAAGGGACAACACUUAUUACGUUUCCUCCAUGUUGGGGUUUGGGAGUGGUUGAGAGAAGGGACAACACCCCACAGCCAGUGAAGAGACAACACCCCAGCCAGGGAAGGGACAACACCCCAGCCAGUGAAGGGACAACACCCUAGCCAGUGAAGGGACAACACCCCAGCCAGUGAAGGGACAACACCCCAGCCAGUGAAGGGACAACACCCUAGCCAGGGAAGGGACAACACCCCAGCCAGGGAAGGGACAACACCCCAGCCAGUGAAGGGACAACACCCCAGCCAGUGAAGGGACAACACCCCAGCCAGUGAAGGGACAACACCCCAGCCAGUGAAGGGACAACACCCUAGCCAGGGAAGGGACAACACCCCAGCCAGGGAAGGGACAACACCCCAGCCAGUGAAGGGACAACACCCCAGCCAGUGAAGGGAUAACACCCCAGCCAGUGAAGGGACAACACCCCAGCCAGUGAAGGGACAACACCCCAGCCAGUGAAGGGACAACACCCCAGCCAGUGAAGGGACAACACCCCAGCCAGUGAAGGGACAACACCCCAGCCAGUGAAGGGACAACACCCCAGCCAGGGAAGGGACAACACCCCAGCCAGUGAAGGGACAACACCCCAGCCAGGGUAGGGACAACACCCCAGCCAGUGAAGGGACAACACCCUAGCCAGUGAAGGGACAACACCCCAGCCAGUGAAGGGACAACACCCCAGCCAGUGAAGGGACAACACCCCAGCCAGUGAAGGGACAACACCCCAGCCAGUGAAGGGACAACACCCCAGCCAGUGAAGGGACAACACCCCAGCCAGUGAAGGGAACUUUAGUUUUGAGUGAAUUCAGUGUUUCUUUCUUUGUUUAAUCUUCUUCUUUCUAAUGGAAGCGGCCAUUUUAAAAGGCAGGUUUGAGUUUGCAUGGGUGCUUUACUGUCAGUGAGCAGUAAGGAGGGAGUGUGACUGAAUAGAACAGCCUUGAAGCACCAGUGACAUUGUCUGAGGCCACUUUGGCUUUGAUUGAACUUUUGAGGUGCAAUAUGGCUGAUGUACAGAUGUAGGAUCUUAAUUUGAGUCAGUUUGCUACAGCAGGAAAAUAAUCCUGCAGCAAUAGGAAAUGUUGAAUUAUUAUAUGGAUUAUAAUGAAUGGUAAUUGUUGGGCAGGUUAAUACAUCAAAAUAUAAUAUAAGGGAAAAUAAAGUCUUACAUUUCUACGUGGAAAUUACAAACUUCAAAAGCCAUUUUACACCUAAAAUACACUAAACGUUUUAAAUGCAGGAAAGUUCUCCUGAAACAGGGUGAUCAAAUGAAGAUCCUACACCUGUAAGAGGGGUCAGAUUUAAUCUGUGAUAUGGCUGAUAUCAGAGGGGUCAGAUUUAAGGUGUGAUAUGGCUGAUAUCAGAGGGGUCCGAUUUAAGGUGUGAUAUGGCUGAUAGCAGAGGGGUCAGAUUUAAGGUGUGAUAUGGCUGAUAUCAGAGGGGUCAGAUUUAAGGUGUGAUAUGGCUGAUAUCAGAGGGGUCAGAUUUAAGGUGUGAUAUGGCUGAUAUCAGAGGGGUCAGAUUUAAGGUGUGAUAUGGCUGAUAGCAGAGGGGUCAGAUUUAAGGUGUGAUACGGCUGAUAUCAGAGGGGUCAGAUUUAAGGUGUGAUAUGGCUGAUAUCAGAGGGGUCAGAUUUAAGGUGUGAUAUGGCUGAUAGCAGAGGGGUCAGAUUUAAGGUGUGAUAUGUCUGAUAUCAGAGGGGUCAGAUUUAAUGUGUGAUAUGGCUGAUAUCAGAGGGGUCAGAUUUAAGGUGUGAUAUGGCUGAUAUCAGAGGGGUCAGAUUUAAGGUGUGAUAUGGCUGAUAGCAGAGGGGUCAGAUUUAAGGUGUGAUAUGGCUGAUAUCAGAGGGGUCAGAUUUAAGGUGUGAUAUGGCUGAUAUCAGAGGGGUCAGCUUUAAGGUGUGAUAUGGCUGAUAGUAGAGGGGUCAGAUUUAAGGUGUGAUAUGGCUGAUAGCAGAGAGGUCAGAUUUAAGGUGUGAUAUGGCUGAUAGCAGAGGGGUCAGAUUUAAGGUGUGAUAUGGCUGAUAGCAGAGGGGUCAGAUUUAAGGUGUGAUUAUGGCUGAUAGCAGAGGGGUCAGAUUUAAGGUGUGAUUAUGGCUGAUAUCAGAGGGGUCAGAUUUAAGGUGUGAUAUGGCUGAUAUCAGAGGGGUCAGAUUUAAGGUGUGAUAUGGCUGAUAUCAGAGGGGUCAGAUUUAAGGUGUGAUAUGGCUGAUAGCAGAGGGGUCAGAUUUAAGGUGUGAUAUGGCUGAUAGCAGAAAGAUGGCAGAGAUCCAGAUGCCGGUUGAACUCAAAAUGAGCCGGUCAUGUUUUUGUUUUUUUAAAUCUCAGGGUUCAGUAACGAGACUUAUUCAACUAGAAAGAUGUCCUUGUCGUCGUCUUUCAGGACUAAGUCAAUUUUCUGUGUACAAAAUUGCACCCUAUUCCAAACACAGUGCACUACGUUUGACCAGAGACCUCUAAGUGCCCUAUGUAGGGAACAGGGUGCCAUUGGAGACUGACCCAUGGUGCCUAGAACUAGAGGUGUAUAAGGCUUUAAGGGAAAACAAUAGAACUAGAGGUGUAUAAGGCUUUAAGGGAAAACAGAAUAGAACUAGAGGUGUAUAAGGCUUUAAGGGAAAACAAUAGAACUAGAGGUGUAUAAGGCUUUAAGGGAAAACAAUAGAACUAGAGGUGUAUAAGGCUUUAAGGGAAAACAAUAGAACUAGAGGUGUAUAAGGCUUUAAGGGAAAACAGAAUAGAACUAGAGGUGUAUAAGGCUUUAAGGGAAAACAAUAGAACUAGAGGUGUAUAAGGCUUUAAGGGAAAACAAUAGAACUAGAGGUGUAUAAGGCUUUAAGGGAAAACAAUAGAACUAGAGGUGUAUAAGGCUUUAAGGGAAAACAAUAGAACUAGAGGUGUAUAAGGCUUUAAGGGAAAACAAUAGAACUAGAGGUGUAUAAGGCUUUAAGGGAAAACAAUAGAACUAGAGGUGUAUAAAGCUUUAAGGGAAAACAAUAGAACUAGAGGUGUAUAAGACUUUAAGGGAAAACAAUAGAACUAGAGGUGUAUAAAGCUUUAAGGGAAAACAAUAGAACUAGAGGUGUAUAAAGGCUUUAAGGGAAAACAAUAGAACUAGAGGUGUAUAAGGCUUUACGGGAAAUCAUAUUUAUGGUGCAUUUCCUCAACAAUGCAUUUUGUUUUUAGCGUACGGUGGUCAAAAGUUUUAGUUUCUCCAGAGAAACCCAACAACAUGUCCUCAUGCCUUCCAUUGUAAUAGAUCACGUUGAUACAGUAUUACGUUAGCCCACUCUAACCCAAACACGCUCCCAUUUCAAACUGCCUACGUUGUGAUGAGGCUAAACUUACGACUACUUCCUGGCGAGCUAGAUAGAUUAAAUAUGACUUUCAGCAUCACUGCUGUUCACUAUUUAUCCGUAGUUUAUCUCAUGUACAGCGCCUUCGGAAAGUAUUCAGACCCCUUGACUU